AUGACCAAUACCAACGCUAAAUUUCAAGUGUAUUGCAAUAAAAAUAAAUCAUCUUACUUAACUUUGGAAAUAAUUAUAAAGAAUUUGAGGAGUCAAGAAAUUGGCGCCUCAGUGACCCAACGGCCGCCGUCGCGACCACACCGCGUCGGGCUCCGUCCCGCCCUCGUCACGCCCACGUCACGCCCACGCCGCCCACGUCACGCCCACGUCACGCCCACGCCGCCCUCGUCACGCCCACGCCCACGUCGUCACGUCACAAUGGGGUUAUUUCCCUCCAAAAGCAGGACCGAGGUAGAGAUGAAGCAGGAGAACGUGGAGGAGCUGGGCCAGGCCCGUGUGGGCCAGUUACUCAUGGCCUUGAUGAAAGACCUCGAGUUAUGCCUUGAGUCCAGCAGACAGGAUCUCAGAAAAUUAUCUGUCAGAGUUGAUUUUUUAAAGAAGUAUUAUGAUGUCACCAUGAAGGGCAUAACUAUUACAACAGGUCACUUGGAAUUUCUGAAAAGAAAAUUGGAUAAGGAAGGAGACGAGGAUUUCAAGGAAUGGUAUGAUUUCUUCGAGAGUGAAAAGAAACACUACAAGGAGGGUGAACAUACUGAACACACCAAGGAGGGUGAUGAUACUGAACACACCAAGGAGGGUGAUGAUACUGAACACAUCGAGGUGGGUGAAGAUACUGAACACAUCGAGGUGGGUGAAGAUACUGAACACAUCGAGGUGGGUGAAGAUACUGAACACAUCGAGGUGGGUGAAGAUACUGAACACAUCGAAGUGGGUGAAGAUACUGAACACAUCGAAGUGGGUGAAGAUACUGAACACAUCGAAGUGGGUGAAGAUACUGAACACAUCGAAGUGGGUGAACAUACUGAACACAUCGAAGUGGGUGAAGAUACUGAACACAUCGAAGUGGGUGAAGAUACUGAACACAUCGAAGUGGGUGAAGAUACUGAACACAUCGAAGUGGGUGAAGAUACUGAACACAUCGAAGUGGGUGAAGAUACUGAACACACCAAGGUGGAUGAUGAUACCGAACACUCCAUGAAUGAUGACUCCGAACACACUGAGAGUGAUGAUACUGAACAUACCUCAAGUGAUGAUUCUUAUGAUUCUGAAUACGCCAAGAACGGUGAUGAUACUGAGCACACCAAGAAUGAUGGUACUGAACACAAUACGAGUGAUGAUACUGAACACACCACGAGUGACGAACAUGAACACACCACGAGUGAUGAUACUGAACACACCACGAGUGAUGAUUCUGUACUCACGAAUACUACUGAGCACUCCACAAGUGAUGAUACUGAAAACACCACGAGUGAUGCUACUGAAAACACCAUUAGUGAUGAUACCGAAUGCACCAUGAGUGGUGAUUCUGACUACAGUACGAGUGAUGAUACUGAAUACACCAAGCUUGUUGAUACUAAACACACCGAGGUGGGUGAUGAUAUUGAACACACCAAGGUGGGUAGUGAUACUGAAUACACCAUGAAGGGUGAUGAUACAGAACACACCAUGAAGGGUGAUGAUACAGAUCACACCAAGAUGGGUGAUGAUAUUGAACACACCAAGGUGGGUGAUGAUAUUGAACACACCAAAAUGGUCAAUGAGACGGAACACAUCAAGGUGGGCGAUGAUACUGAACAGACCAAGAAGGGUGAUGAUACAGAACACAAGAUGAGUGAUGAUAUUCAACACACCAAGGUUGGUGGUGAUAGUGAACACGCCAAGAAUGAUGAUACGGAGCAUAGGAAGAAUGAAUACACUAUACACAUAAUCAGUGAUGAUACUGAACAUACGACGAGUGAUGAGUCUGAACACAUUAACGAGAGUGAUGAGUCUGAGCACCCCAAGUGUGAUUAUAUUAAACACGCCACAAGUGAUGCUAAAUACACUAAGAUUGAUGAUACUGAACAUAACAAGAGUGAUGAUACUAAACACACCAAGAAGAAUGACGAUUGUGAACAUACCAAGAGUAAGGAUUAUGAACACACCAUGAGUGAUUAUACUGACCACACUGCAAGUAAUGAUGAACUCUCCACGAGUGAUGGUGAUGAUGAACUCUCCACGAGUGAUGAAAGUGAUCACACUAGGAGUGAAGUUGACCACGCCUUGAGUAACGAUGCUGAGAGCUCCUCAGACACGGUUGGAUUGGAGUUUCAGUACUUACAAAAUAUGAUGACUUACAUGAAAAUUGGACUGAAGCUGUCGCUGAAGCUUCAUGAUGAAAUACAAGAGUUGUUGAAGCAGCAUCUCAUGUCAAAAGAAGCAGUAGACUUACUAGAGAAGUCUCUGGGACAUAUACGCAAGGCCUACGAGAAGCUCUCAAAGAAAGACUUCAGCGUACCUAAUGUCCAACACAGCGUUCAUGGCGCUUUAUGUGAUUUCUUACAAUCAGGAGUGUUCGAUCCUGAAUUGAAGUACUUUGGCCGCUUCGUUAAUAUAAUUGAAGAUCUGUAUAACAUUGAGGAGGGUGCGAUCAACAGUGACCAGAGACCAUCACCAACAUUCUACAAGACAUAUUUAAAUCACCGUUAUAACAGUGACGUUACUUCUGGGGACAAUUGCACGCUAUUGAACGUAGAAGUUGAAGAAAAUUCAUCCUUUAGAGAGAGUGAAGAGGAUUCCGCUUCAGAUGACCAGGUCAACGUUAGGAUGCUCAUCACCGUCGAUAACCAUUCAACAUAUUCGAGCGACUCAGACGACAGGGUAAACGACGAGGAAUCCAAGUUAGAUAACUUUGUCAACAAGAUGAUCAUCGUAGGAGCGAAAAGGAUGGAAUUUUGUUACCUACUGGAAGAAGUGAAGAAAUUACAGAACUUGUUGAGAGAAACUUUUCUGCUGACAAAGACGUAAUUGAGCAAGAAGCGGAGAGUACCUGGUGGAAAUAGGACCUGCCUCAGCUUACCAGAAACUACACCCGCUGCUGAUGCCCCGGGUGCUGGUAUUAUACUGUACUUUAAGACCCGUUGCUGAUACCAUAGGUACUACAAGACCCGCUGCUGGUACUACACUACUACAAUACCCGCUGCUGAUACCAUACAGUACUACAAGACCCGGUGUUGAUACUACACUGUACUACAAGACCCGGUGUUGGUACUACACUGUACUACAAGACCCGGUGUUGGUACUACACUGUACUACAAGACCCGCUGCUGGUACUACACUGUACUACAAGACCCGGUGUUGGUACUACACUACUACAAGACCCGCUGCUGGUACUACACUGUACUACAAGACCCGGUGCUGGUACUACACUGUACUACAAGACCCGGUGUUGGUACUACACUGUACUACAAGACCCGGUGCUGGUACUACACUGUACUACAAGACCCGCUGCUGGUACUACACUGUACUACAAGACCCGGUGUUGGUACUACGCUGUACUACAAGACCUGGUGCUGGUACUACACUGUACUACAAGACCCGCUGCUGGUACUAUACUGUACUACAAGACCCGCUGCUGGUACUACACUGUACUACAUGCCCCGGUGCUGGUACUACACUGUACUACAAGACCCGCUGCUGGUACUACACUGUACUACAAGACCCGGUGUUGGUACUACACUGUACUACAAGACCCGGUGUUGGUACUACACUGUACUACAAGACCCGGUGCUGGUACUACACUGUACUACAAGACCUGGUGUUGGUACUACACUGUACUACAAGACCCGGUGCUGGUACUACACUGUACUACAAGACCCGGUGUUGGUACUACACUGUACUACAAGACCCGCUGCUGGUACUACACUGUACUACAAGACCCGCUGUUGGUACUACACUGUACUACAAGACCCGCUGCUGGUACUACACUGUACUACAAGACCUGGUGUUGGUACUACACUGUACUACAAGACCCGGUGCUGGUACUACACUGUACUACAAGACCCGCUGCUGGUACUACACUGUACUACAAGACCCGGUGUUGGUACUACACUGUACUACAAGACCUGGUGUUGGUACUACACUGUACUACAAGACCCGGUGCUGGUACUACACUGUACUACAAGACCCGGUGUUGGUACUACACUGUACUACAAGACCCGCUGCUGGUACUACACUGUACUACAAGACCCGCUGCUGGUACUACACUGUACUACAAGACCCGGUGUUGGUACUACACUGUACUACAAGACCUGGUGUUGGUACUACACUGUACUACAAGACCCGGUGCUGGUACUACACUGUACUACAAGACCCGGUGUUGGUACUACACUGUACUACAAGACCCGCUGCUGGUACUACACUGUACUACAAGACCCGGUGCUGGUACCACACUGUACUACAAGACCUGGUGUUGGUACUACACUGUACUACAAGACCCGCUGCUGGUACUACACUGUACUACAAGACCCGCUGCUGGUACUACACUGUACUACAAGACCCGGUGUUGGUACUACGCUGUACUACAAGACCCGGUGCUGGUGCUACACUGUACUACAAGACCCGGUGUUGGUACUACGCUGUACUACAAGACCCGGUGCUGAUGCUACACUGUACUACAAGACUCGGUGUUGGUACUACACUGUACUACAAGACCCGCUGCUGGUGCUACACUGUACUACAAGACCCGGUGUUGGUACUACGCUGUACUACAAGACCCGGUGCUGGUACCACACUACUACAAGACCCGCUGCUGGUACUACACUGUACUACAAGACCUGGUGCUGGUACUACACUGUACUACAAGACCCGCUGCUGAUACCAUACAGUACUACAAGACCCGCUGCUGGUACUACACUGUACUACAAGACCCGGUGUUGGUACUACACUGUACAACAAGACCCGGUGCUGGUACUACACUGUACAGACCCGGUGCUGGUACUACACUGUACUACAAGACCCGGUGCUGGUACUACACUGUACAGACCCGGUGCUGGUACUACACUGUACUACAAGACCCGGUGCUGGUACUACACUGUACUACAUGACCCGGUGCUGGUACUACACUGUACUACAAGACCCGGUGUUGGUACUACACUGUACUACAAGACCCGGUGUUGGUACCAUACAGUACUACAAGACCCGCUGCUGGUACUACACUGUACUACAAGACCCGGUGUUGGUACUACACUACUACAAGACCCGGUGUUGGUACCAUACAGUACUACAAGACCCGCUGCUGGUACUACACUGUACUACAAGACCCGGUGUUGGUACUACACUACUACAAGACCCGGUGUUGGUACCAUACAGUACUACAAGACCCGCUGCUGGUACUACACUGUACUAUAAGACCCGGUGUUGGUACUACACUGUACUACAAGACCCGCUGUUGGUACUACACUGUACUACAAGACCCGCUGUUGGUACUACACUGUACUACAAGACCCGCUGCUGGUACUACACUGUACUACAAGACCCGCUGUUGGUACUACACUGUACUACAAGACCCGGUGUUGGUACUACACUGUACUACAAGACCCGCUGCUGGUACUACACUACUACAAGACCCGGUGUUGGUACCAUACAGUACUACAAGACCCGGUGCUGGUACCACACUGUACUACAAGACCCGGUGUUGGUACCACACUACUACAAGACCCGGUGUUGGUACUACACUACUACAAGACCCGGUGUUGGUACUACACUGUACUACAAGACUUACGAGUAAACUUGUCUAUGGGAGCCUAAUAUUGACGCUGCUCAUCACCACCGUCUACUGCUUUCCUUAGCCUCAACAUCACCUGUGUGGGUUAUAUUUUUUCCUUUAUUAAUUGUUUUUAUAUUUUGUUCCUUGUCUGUUUAUAUUGGAAGACACUGAAGAACUUCUUUAUUAUAUAAAGCCACAUAAUUAAUUCGUAAAUAAAGCUUUUUAUUGCUGAAAUGAGAGGAUAAUAGUAGCCUAUUGAUAUAAUUUUAGUUCAUUGAUGAAAGGUCACAUGUGGAGUUGAUGUUUGUCACGCUGAGUUGUUUCUAGUGCCUGAAACAGGUCAUGUUCUGGUAUCUAUAGUAGUGUUAUUAUUGUCUGUAAUGACAGUGUUCUCAUGUUAAUAAAUGACCUAGGGAUAGACGUUCAUUUUGUUCACCGAUUUUGUUCUAUUUGAUUUGGGUUGAGUUAAUGUGAUAUCAAUAAUUUAUUAAAGGAAAACUGUGUUAUUAUAUAUGCUUGCAUUAUGUUGCAAUGUUUGUGCUAGAUAGGAAUAUUAAAAUUUUGGCCAAAGUCGUG